GAGGUAAUUUAAAAGUGUUAACAAUGGAAGGGGAUAUCAUAGACUGGACCAAAGAGUAUGGCGAGAAAGAGAAGGCUAGAAAAAUGGAGGAAGAAGUGAGAAAUGAUUUGAAGACAGUAGACGGUUAUGUACCUCAAAAGCCAGUAUAUGAGUUUCGGGAUCAAUUCACUUUAGAAAAAUGCCCACCUCCUGAUGCACCUAAAAUCAGACAGGAGGACAUUGAAUUAUACGCAAAAAUAAGAAAAGAAGUUGAACAAGAGUUCAUGGUAAAGCCUUAUCCUAUGGACUACAGAUCUGUAACAAAGUGUGAUUUCUAUAAAUACACUGUCCCACAACCUCCUAGACCUGAGCCACGGUUACGUGAAAUGGUCCGAGAACAACCGGUUACAUUUUGGACAGAGUACAGAGAUAAAAUGCAUGGUAAUACACAUCACGGUGUAAAUCGUGUCACACCAUUUGGACGUAAUGCUGCGUUUACAACACCAAUUGAUAAAUACUUAAAUAGUCGUAUGCCUAGUGAAAUGCAAGUGUAUCCACGUUAAAGAGAGAAAAAAACACGAAACAAUAACAGUAGUCAUGUAACAGAUAGGCAAUAUGAAUACAUUGUUUUAUCAUUCAUAUUAUUCUCUUCUCAGUAUGUAACUGCUUACUAUAUUAUUGUUUUAUUUAAUUGUAAUCUGAG